CCCAUUUCUCGAGGAUCUUCUUUCCCAUCAUUAUCGUUCACAUUCCUUCUAAUUCUUAUCCUCAGCUAUUUUUUUUCCCCCUUCUCCUGUAAUGGCUGCGCAACUCGAUAUUCAUCGUCAAUUAUAACGAACAGACGAUAAUUUCAAGCUGUUGAACCUCCAAAGAUGGGAUCUCGGAUGAAAGAAGAUGAUAGAAUUGAAAGAGAAAUCCGAAGUCUCUCGAAACUUCCUGAGAAUCGGAGAUGUAUCAACUGCAAUAGUUUGGGACCACAAUAUGUCUGCACCACCUUUUGGACAUUCGUCUGCACAAACUGCAGCGGAAUUCAACGAGAGUUUAACCAUAGAGUAAAAUCAGUAUCAAUGGCUAAAUUUACUGCAGAAGAGGUCACUGCUCUUCAAGCAGGCGGCAAUAAAAAAGCAAAGCAGAUUUAUCUUCAAGACUGGGAUCCUCAUCGUCAUUCUUAUCCCGAUACCAAUAACAUACCUAGACUUCGCGAUUUCAUCAAGCAAGUUUAUGUGGAUAGAAAAUUCAGCGGUGAAAGGACACAGAAGAAUCUUCCCAGACUCAGAUUAAAUAACAAGGAGGAGUCCUACGACAGAAGGAAGCUCAGUUUUUCCCGAAGAGAACGUUAUGAAGAUGGAAAUGACAUGCACAGUCCUAGUUCACGAAACGAGGACAGGAGUGUCAAGUAUUAUUAUGAUGAUAGAAGAAGUCCCAGAUAUGCCCCGAGGAAUGGGAACCCCCGAAGAAAUCCCAUAAAAAUUGAGGUUGUUGAUGAUAGGUUCAGAGACGAUGAAUCUAUAACUCGCAGGUUUUCAAGCAUAGAGUCAAAGCAAAUAGCGGUUCCAUCUGAUGGUCAAAAGAAUGUGGACAGAGGGAAGAAGGUUCCACUUGCCAGUGGCGGGGGAUCCGCUAAGGAGAAUCCAGCCGAACAAAAAAGCCCAGAAACCCAAAUUUUGAGUGUCGUCACAUCACAGGUUUCUGAUGCUGCAACUGCACCGGAAGCUCAGUUUACGCCUCAAUCAAAUGAUGAAAGUGACUGGGCUCCAUUUGAAAUUUCCACAGAAAAGGAGCCUUCUCAAACGCCAUUUACAAAUAUCUCGAAGUCUUCUACAACAGAGACAACAACUUAUACAAAAGAGACAACUAAAACUUUAGAUGCUGUAGAAUUUUUACUCUCUGAAUUGUCUGGUCCCUUGUAUGCAACAGCUAGUAGUGCGUCUGAAGUUCAUGCUGCUGAUAAUGAUACUUCAACUGCGAGAGCAGAAUAUAUCUCUGUGGAUGGGGAUUUAGCACCUCCGACCUCAGCAGGCCAGAUAACUCCAUUUCCCAACAACUUUGGUGCUUCCUCAGAUGCAUCAACCAGUGACUCUAAUCUGACCCAACCCUCAACAGCUUACAGCUCUGCGAUACAAUCAGCGAGUCCAUCAGUCAGAGAUGUCCCUUCGCUUAAUCAGCCAACAGUUGCUCUAAAAGCGCCAGACGUUUCAAGCUCUCUUAUGGAACUAUCUCCUCAAGUUCCAUCAAAACUUUCUCAAGACUCCAGACCUGAUGUUGGAAGCCAACCAAGGAUAACACAAACCAAGUCUAUGGGAAGAAAGGAAAUUCCGGCGAACCUAUUUACUAUAAGCUACUUACCAGGACCAGCACCGCAAGCAGGCUGGCAGAAUUUUCAACCUCAUAAUAUGGGAUACGGCUUGCAGUAUUAUUCUAAUACAGCACCAUUCUCGGCAUUUCCCGCGGCAGCAAAGUCCACAAACCCAUUUGAUAUAACUGACGGGAGACCUCAAGUCCGUGCUUCUCCAUUUCCUGCUAUGGCAAAUUUGCAUGGCGCACAUAUGUCAACUGGAGCAGGAUUAGUGCGUGCUUCAAGCCUUGGGGCCUUAGGGUCAAUGGUGCCUCCAUCCCCAAAUUAUGCUUCUUCUUCAAUGCCUCCGCAAUCUCCCUUUACUCCCGGAUCUUCUUCUGGUCCAUACUUCGAGCAACUUAACAAUAAUAUGCUAGCUCCCAGACCCCAAAGAACUGGAAGCUUCAAUAAUGGUGAAACAACCUCUCAACAUACAGCGAGUGGAUACAUGGCUCCCGGCUACACUCUAAAUUCUUUUCCCAAGAUCACAGGAGGAAAUCCAUUUGGAUAGCGUGAAAAUUUUCCUUAUAUUGGGACGACUUAGUUUGCUUCUCAGAUGGCAGAUUACUAUAUGGCCCUGCGCCUAUGAAUGGGUGAAGAUGAAUUUUAUAUUUGACAUGUUCACCAGCGUACGGACAGAUAGCCUUGCAGAAACUUGAAAUCACGGGGUUGCUGAUGAAGUGAUUUUUCCUCCAAAUGCAGGCUUGUGCGGCCAAAAUUCUCUAUGUAUCGGAAUUUUCUGUAAACUAGCACUGUUUAUAUUGCAUGUUUAUUAUACGGAACUGUCAAGCGGAGGGGGAGAAAAAUUUUGGUUUUCUGUAAUUAUUAUUGCCGACAAAAUUUGAUUUGUAUUAUAUAGCACACAACUGUAGUGUGGAUAUGGUUCUAUGAAAAGGUGAUGUGAUGAAAUAAUUUUA